AAUAUUUUUUCGGGCAACUUCGAGAGCAUUAAGCGAACGAAAGCAAAAAACCUCGAUAAAAACUUGGGUGGGGCGAGAUCGUGAAAUCUUUUUGAGAGUUGAAAUCGAAAGAGAAAAAAGUGAUUGUUUACUUGGAGAGUUAGACAAUGGAGGAAAUAAGAUCGGCGAUGGAGCAACAAAUGGAUCUCAUGGCGGAUCUGGUUCAGAAACUCUCCGGAGAGCUACGAACAGGAAUACAACCUGCUUACGAUAAUUUCUUGGGAUUUUUCCACGCCAUUGAUUGGAAGGAGCCUUGGAUCAUGGGAUUAAUGGCGUUUCAUGCUUUGUUGCUACUAGUGACUCUUCUUUCUAGAAGACAUCUCAACUUCCAUAUGUUCCUCUUCUUAUUGGCAUGGGGGGGGGUUUACUUUGCAGAGAAUCUCAACCGGGAGUUGAGAAAAAACUGGAAGAGCUUCUCAACUCAAAACUACUUUGACCAGCACGGGGUCUUCGUUUCGGUUCUUUGGUCUGGACCUCUUUUGGUCAUUGCAAUGAUAAUCCUGAUAAACACACUGUUUUCGCUAUGCUACCUGAUUGUAAAGUGGAAAAGAGCUGAGCUCAGGCAUCGUGCAAGGCUUGCUCGUACCAAGGAGGAAUAGAUGAUCCCAUAUCUCACACAUUUUAUGUAUACUCUCACUUUGCAACAAACCCUUUUUUGAGUUUUAAGUAGAAUCUGCUCUUUUUAUGUAUUUCGUUUUGGCUUAAAGUGAAUUAAAUUGUGUCGAACCGAACCAAACCAAACCAGAUCAUUCUACUUCGGUUUGUACUCGAAACCUGAUUUCUUACUCCAAA